AGUCAAGGCAAUGAGAUUGACAAACCAGAGGAAGAUCUUGUUGACGUACUUCUCAAACUUCAGGAGUCCAAGAAGCUCGAAUUCAACUUCACAACCGAUCAGAUCAAAGAUGUCAUUAUGGAGAUAUUCUCAGCAGGGAGUGAGACUACAGCUACCACCAUAGAAUGGGCAAUGUCACAAUUGAUGAGAAAUCCAACAGUAAUGAGUAAGGCUCAAGCCGAGGUUCGACGAGUCUUUCAAGGAAAGCCGAAAAUUGAAGAAGCAGACGUUCAAAAACUGGAAUACUUGAGAGCAGUGGUAAAAGAAACACUGAGAUUACACCCUCCAGCACCAUUAUUCCCAAGAGAAUCAAGAGAAAGAUGUGAAAUCGGAGGAUACGAAGUCCAAGCGAAAACCAAAAUGAUCAUCAAUGAAUGGGCCAUUGGAAGAGACCCGGAGAGUUGGGUUGAAGCGGAGUCGUUUAAGCCAGAGAGGUUCCUCCAUGGUGGUUCUGAUUCCAGCAUGGACUUCAAAGCGUCUGACUUCAAGUUCACUCCAUUUGGGGCUGGUAGAAGAUCGUGUCCGGGUAUUUCUUUUGGCCUUUCCAUGGUUGCACUUGCUUUUUCUCAUUUGCUCUAUCACUUCGAUUGGGAGCUGGGAAAUGGGAUCAAACCAGAUGAGCUUGAUAUGACUGAGACUUUUGGGUUCACAUGUAGGAGAAAGAAUGAAUUGUACUUGAUUGCCAAGCCUCCAUCAUCGUUUUCCUUCGCUCAGUCUGAGACAUCCUGAUCGAUCACUUCAAGAAUAUAUAUGUGUGAUACUUAAUUAGGAAUAUGUGAAAUAGUCGCCAAAUCAAGGGCAUA